AUGGGGGAUGUGAAGCUGGCCGCCCAGACACACGUUUCCAAAACCUCCCUCACUGUGGAUCACUCAAGAGUCAGCUCCAUGCCCCUGACUGAGGCCCCUGCUUUCACUUUGCCCCCUCGGAACCUGUGCAUCAAGGAAGGAGCCACCGCCAAGUUUGAAGGGAGGGUUCAGGGCUACCCAGAGCCCCAAGUGACAUGGCACAGAAACGGACAACCCAUCACCGGUGGGGGCCGCUUCCUGCUGGACUGUGGUACCCGGGGGACUUUCAGCCUUUCGAUUCAUGCUGUGUGUGAAGAGGACAAGGGAAGGUAUACCUGUGAAGCCACUAAUGGUAGUGGUGCCCGCCAGGUGACAGUGGAGUUGACAGUCGAAGGGAGCUUUGUGAAGAAGCCUGGCCAGCCUGUUGUUUCCAAAGCCUUGGGGGACAGAUUUGCAGCCCCUGCCGUGGAGACCCGUCCUAGCAUCUGGGGAGAAUGUCCACCAAAAUUUGCUACCAAGCUGGGCCGAGCGGUGGUCAGAGAAGGACAGAUGGGGCGGUUCUCCUGCAAGAUCACUGGCCGGCCCCAGCCACAGGUCACCUGGCUCAAGGGAGAUGUUCCCCUGCAGCCCAGUGCUCGUGUGUCUAUGUCCGAGAAGAACGGGAUGCAAGUCCUGGAAAUCCACGAUGUCACCCGAGAUGACGUGGGAGUAUACACAUGCAUGGUGGUGAACGGGUCAGGGAAGGCCUCCAUGUCUGCUGAGCUUUCCAUCCAAGGUUUGGACAAUCCCAGUAGGUCACUCGUGAGAGGAACAAAGGUGGCCGGUACAGACAUCAGGAAGGAAGUCACUCAGGGGUCCAAACCGGAUGGCCUGGCGGCUGCUGCCGAAAUUUCAGGGUUCCCAAAACCUGAAGUGACCUGGUUCCUGGACGGUGUCCCCGUGAGGAGUCGAGAGGGCAGCAUCGAGGUUUACGAAGCUGGGGGGACGCAUUACCUCUGCCUGUGGAGAGCCCGGGCCCAGGACAGCGGGAGCUACAGCUGCACGGCCGCCAAUGUCCGAGGCCAGGCGUCCUGUCACUGGAGCCUCCUGGUGAAAAAGCCAGCCGUGGUGGAGGUGGCCCCAUCAUUCUCCAGUGCUCUGAAGGACUGCACUGUCAUUGAGGGUCAGGACUUUGUGCUGCAAUGCUCAGUGAAGGGGACCCCAUUGCCUCGAAUCACUUGGCUGCUCAAUGGACAGCCCAUCCAGUAUGCCCGCUCCACCUGCGAGGCUGGCGUGGCCGAGCUCCACAUCCAGGACACCCUCCCAGAGGACGAUGGCACCUACACCUGUCUGGCCGAGAACACCGCGGGGCAGGUGUCCUGCAGCGCCCGCGUCACUGUCCAGGAGAAGAAGAGUGAGGAGAAGAGCGAGUGCCUCCUGCCCGCGGCCCCCAGCAAGCCCGCCGCGCCCCUCUUCCUGCAGGGCCUCUCUGACCUCCACGUCAUGGACGGGAGCCAGGUCACCAUGACAGUCCGGGUGUCAGGGAACCCACCCCCGGAGGUCAUCUGGCUUCACGACGGGACUGAGAUCCAGGAGUCCGAGGACUUCCACUUUGAACAGAGAGGCACUCAGCACAGCCUGUGUAUCCAGGAAGUGUUCCCAGAGGACACGGGCACUUACACCUGUGAGGCCUGGAACAGCGCAGGAGAGGUCCGCACACAGGCCGUGCUCACCGUGCAAGAGCCACAGGAUGGCACCCAGCCCUGGUUCAUCAGCAAGCCCCGCUCGGUGACUGCCUGCCUGGGCCAGAGUGUCCUUAUCUCCUGUGCCAUAGCCGGCGACCCCUUCCCCACUGUGCACUGGCUCCGAGAUGGCAAAGCCCUCUCCAGAGACACUGGCCACUUCGAGGUGCUACAGAAUGAGGAUGUGUUCACCCUGGUUCUGAAAAACGUGCAGCCCUGGCACGCCGGCCAGUAUGAGAUCCUGCUCAAGAACCGUGUUGGCCAAUGCAGUUGCCAGGUGUCCCUGAUGCUACAGAGCAGCCCGGCCAGAGUGGUCCUGCGGGGGAGGGAGCCUGCCAGCUGCGAGGGCCUCUGUGGCCGAGGAGCUGGUGCUGAUGGUGGUGGUGGUGGUGACGGCUACGGGAGCCUGAGGCCUGGCUGGCCGGUGGCGAGAGGGCAGGGUGCCCCCGCGGAAGACGACGGCGAGGACGUGCGUGGGGUGCUCAAGAGGCGCGUGGAGACACGGCAGCACACGGAGGAGGCCGUUCGCCAGCAGGAGGUGGAGCAGCUGGACUUCCGUGACCUCCUGGGCAAGAAGGUGAGCACCAAGACCUUGUCAGAAGAGGACCUGAAGGAGAUCCCGGCUGAGCAGCUGGACUUCCGCGACCUCCUGGGCAAGAAGGUGAGUACAAAGACCUUGUCUGAAGAGGACCUGAAGGAGAUCCCGGCUGAGCAGAUGGAUUUCCGCGCCAACCUGCAGCGGCAAGUGAAGCCGAAGACCCUGUCGGAGGAGGAGAGGAAAGUUCAUGGCCCCCAGCAGGUGGACUUCCGCUCUGUCUUGGCCAAGAAGGGGACUCCCAAGACCCCUGUGCCUGAGAAGGUACCCCCUCCAAAACCUGCCACCCCAGAUUUUCGCUCAGUGUUGGGCAGUAAGAAAAAAUUACCAACAGAGAAUGGUAGCAAUAACACUGAGGACUUGAAUGCCAAGGCAGCAGAAGGUCCCAAGCCUGUGGGCAAUGCCCAGCCUUCAGGGUUCCUGAAACCCGUGGGCAGCGCCAAGCUGGCUGAUACCCCCAAACCCUUGAGCAGCACCAAGCCAGCAGAGAUCCCCAAACCCUUGGGUAACGUCAAGCCAGCCGAGACCCCCAAACCCUUGGGUAACGUCAAGCCAGCCGAGACCCCCAAACCCUUGGGUAACGUCAAGCCAGCCGAGACCCCCAAACCCUUGGGUAACGUCAAGCCAGCCGAGACCCCCAAACCCUUGGGUAACGUCAAGCCAGCCGAGACCCCCAAACCCUUGGGUAACGUCAAGCCAGCCGAGACCCCCAAACCCUUGGGUAACGUCAAGCCAGCCGAGACCCCCAAACCCUUGGGUAACGUCAAGCCAGCCGAGACCCCCAAACCCUUGGGUAACGUCAAGCCAGCCGAGACCCCCAAACCCUUGGGUAACGUCAAGCCAGCCGAGACCCCCAAACCCUUGGGUAACGUCAAGCCAGCCGAGACCCCCAAACCCUUGGGUAACGUCAAGCCAGCCGAGACCCCCAAACCCUUGGGUAACGUCAAGCCAGCCGAGACCCCCAAAACUGUGGGCAACGCCAAGCCAGCCGAGACCCCCAAAUCCUUGAGUAACUUCAAGCCAGCUGAGACCCCCAAAUCUGUGGGCAACACCAACCCAGCUGAGACCUCUAAACCCUUGGGCAAUGCCAAGCCGGCUGAAAUCCCAAAACCCACUGGGAAAGAAGAACUUAAGAAGGAGGUUAAGAAUGAUGUGAACUGCAAGAAGGGCCAUGCAGGGGCCACAGACAGUGAAAAGAGACCAGAGAGCCGAGGGACAGCCCCGACCUUUGAGGAGAAACUACAAGAUCUCCAUGUGGCAGAGGGUCAGAAGCUGCUGCUCCAGUGCAGGCUGUCCUCUGACCCCCCGGCCACCGUCACUUGGACACUGAAUGGAAAGACCCUCAAGACCACCAAGUUCAUCGUCCUCUCCCAAGAAGGCUCCUUGUGCUCCGUCUCCAUCGAGAAGGCACUGCCCGAGGACAGAGGCUUGUACAAGUGUGUAGCCAAGAACAGUGCCGGCCAGGCUGAGUCCUCCUGCCAAGUCACCGUGGACGUUCCAGAUGCCCCCGCCAGUGAAAAUGCCAAGGCCCCGGAGAUGAAAGCCCGGAGGCCGAAGAGCUCUCUUCCUCCAGUGCUAGGAACAGAGAGUGAUGCAACUGUGAAAAAGAAACCUGCCCCCAAGACACCUCCGAAGGCAGCCAUGCCGCCUCAGAUCAUCCAGUUUCCUGAGGACCAGAAGGUGCGGGCAGGAGAGUCUGUGGAGCUCUUUGGUAAGGUGGCCGGCACCCAGCCCAUCACCUGCACCUGGAUGAAGUUCCGAAAGCAGAUCCAGGACAGCGAGCACAUCAAGGUGGAGAGCAGUGAGCAGGGCAGCAAGCUCACCAUCCGGGCGGCGCACCAGGAGCACUGCGGCUGCUACACCCUGCUGGUGGAGAACAAACUGGGCAGCAGGCAGGCCCAGGUCAACCUCACCGUGGUGGAUAAGCCAGACCCCCCAGCCGGCACGCCUUGUGCCUCUGACAUCCGAAGCUCCUCACUGACCUUGUCCUGGUAUGGUUCCUCGUAUGAUGGGGGCAGCGCCGUACAGUCAUACAGUGUCGAGAUCUGGGACUCAGUGGACAAGACGUGGAAGGAACUAGCCACGUGCCGCAGCACUUCUUUCAACGUCCAGGACCUGCUGCCUGACCGAGAAUAUAAGUUCCGUGUGCGUGCAAUCAAUGUCUAUGGAACCAGUGAGCCAAGCCAGGAGUCUGAACUCACAGCCUUGGGAGAGAAACCUGAAGAAGAGCCGAAGGACGAAGUGGAGGUGUCAGAUGAUGAUGAGAAGGAGCCUGAGGUCGACUACCGGACCGUCACGGUCAAUACCGAGCAGAAAGUGUCCGACUUCUAUGACAUCGAAGAGAGACUAGGAUCUGGGAAAUUUGGACAGGUCUUUCGACUUGUAGAAAAGAAAACUGGAAAAAUCUGGGCAGGGAAAUUCUUCAAGGCUUAUUCGGCCAAGGAGAAAGAGAACAUCCGUCAGGAGAUCAGCAUCAUGAACUGCCUGCACCACCCCAAGCUGGUCCAGUGUGUGGACGCCUUCGAAGAGAAGGCCAACAUCGUCAUGGUCCUGGAGAUCGUGUCCGGGGGCGAGCUGUUUGAGCGCAUCAUUGAUGAGGACUUCGAGCUGACGGAGCGGGAGUGCAUUAAGUACAUGAAGCAGAUCUCGGAGGGGGUGGAGUACAUCCACAAGCAGGGCAUCGUCCACCUGGACCUCAAGCCCGAGAACAUCAUGUGCGUCAACAAGACAGGCACCAGGAUCAAGCUCAUCGACUUCGGUCUGGCCAGGAGGUUGGAGAAUGCGGGGUCUCUGAAGGUCCUCUUUGGCACCCCGGAGUUCGUCGCACCUGAAGUGAUCAACUACGAGCCCAUUGGCUAUGCCACGGACAUGUGGAGCAUCGGGGUCAUCUGCUAUAUCCUGGUCAGUGGACUGUCCCCCUUCAUGGGUGACAAUGACAACGAAACCUUAGCCAACGUUACCUCAGCCACCUGGGACUUCGACGACGAGGCCUUUGACGAGAUCUCCGAUGACGCCAAGGAUUUUAUCAGCAACUUGCUGAAGAAGGAUAUGAAAAACCGCUUGAACUGUACCCAGUGCCUUCAGCAUCCAUGGCUAAUGAAAGACACCAAGAACAUGGAGGCCAAGAAACUCUCCAAGGACCGGAUGAAGAAGUACAUGGCAAGAAGGAAAUGGCAGAAAACGGGCAAUGCUGUGAGAGCCAUCGGAAGACUGUCCUCUAUGGCAAUGAUCUCAGGGCUCAGUGGCAGGAAAUCCUCAACAGGGUCACCAACCAGCCCGCUCAAUGCAGAAAAACUAGAAUCUGAAGAAGAUGUCUCCCAAGCUUUCCUGGAGGCUGUUGCUGAGGAGAAGCCCCAUGUAAAACCCUACUUUUCCAAGACCAUUCGUGAUUUAGAAGUUGUGGAGGGAAGUGCUGCUAGAUUUGACUGCAAGAUUGAAGGAUACCCAGACCCUGAAGUCGUCUGGUUCAAAGAUGACCAAUCAAUCCGGGAGUCCCGCCACUUCCAGAUAGACUACGACGAGGAUGGGAACUGCUCUUUAAUCAUUAGUGAUGUUUGCGGGGAUGAUGAUGCCAAGUACACCUGCAAGGCUGUCAACAGUCUCGGGGAAGCCACCUGCACAGCAGAGCUCAUCGUGGAAACCAUGGAGGAAGGGGAAGGGGAAGGGGGAGAGGAGGAGGAGGAAGAGUGAAGCAAAACCAGAGAGAAGCAGCGUCUGAGUCGUAUUACAAAGACUAUUUCUCUAAAGCUCAAAAAAAAAAAAAAAACAAAAACCUGCAAGAUAGUAAAAGCACCCAGUGUGAUAGAUUCUUUAGUUAGGUUAUUUGGGGGUUGAUUCUUCAGCAGCAGUGAUUGACACCCAGCAGCAUUAUUGAUGGGCAUUACUUUAAAUUAGCUGGCACCUUAAGGUGCUAGUACAGCUAGAUUUCAUUUAGGGAAAUCACCAGUAACUUUCUGACUAACUGAUUUUAGAGAAAAAGUAACCAAAAGGGAGCUUUAUCUGGGCAAAGUCAUAAAUUCCCCAACUGAAAGCACUCAUGAAAAAUAAGACCCUCUGGUCACAGCCAGCCCAAGGGUCCCUGGAUAUGGGGACUCCCCAGCUCCUUCUCCAGGGAACUGGGUCUUCUCCAGGCCUGUGGCACUUCAUUCUGCAGGCAGUUGAGCCAUUUUAAUUUAUGAGGCACAUUAUUUCCAAAGUAUACCUUAGACAUUGGAACUUUUCAUUUCCAUCCCCUGUUCUACCUGCCAGUUUUUCUGGAUCUGGGCUUGCCAUGAGUUUAAUCAUUAGGGACACUUCCUAGAUUCUGAAGACAUAUCUCCUGCUCUCAUGGAUGACUGGCUCCCUUAGAAAAAUAAAAUCUCCUUUCUUCCAAAAUCAGUAGGAAAUCUAAACUUAUCCCCUUUGAAGAUGUCUAACAGCUUCAGACAUUUUUAUAAGAACCUAUGGGAAAAAAAUCCUUGUUAAUGUGCUUUUUUCCCAUGAAACCAGGAUUCAUAUUUGUGCUGUUUAGAAUAUCAGCUCUGCAUGUGUGGUAAAGAUUUUUGUGUUUGAAUGUAUGAAAAAGCAGUUUGCUGAGAAGUUAGUCUUAAUUAUUUAUUGGCCACUAUGAAACAGACUUCAACUGAAGAGCUAUAGAACUCCAUGUACUUUGGAAUCUCAGCCAGGAUAGUCUGAGUUUAAUAUACCUUCAUUUUUAAACAUGUUCCAAACAGUUCUGUCUACCUUCUGGGUUCCACAAGGUUCUUCUUGGAUGUGCAUCAGUCAUGCCUUGCCCCCAACCUUGAAAUAUAUUCUUAACCUGAUACAUGCACUCAGAGUUUCGUCUUUAGGAAUUUCUAACUUUCUUUCACUACAUUGGCACUUAAAUUUUUCUUCAUAAAACUUUUUGCAGGUCAUAAACAAAGACCAUAAACUGAUAUGCCUAAUACAUUUCCUCUGUGUGUGUGUAACAUUCCAAAUACUUUUUUCUUUUCAUCCACUAUUUGUAAAGUGCAGCAGUUUAAUAUUUCAAAGGACUUUUAAAGAGUUCUUUAAGAACCAAUUUUAAAUUACUUCAGUGCAAUC